AUGAUGCCCUCUAUCGACGAGUUCAGUCACCUUGCCUUCGAUUUCAUCGUGAUCGGUGGCGGGACGGCCGGUCUUGCCGUCGCCGCCCGACUCGCUGAGUCCAACACGUCAUACACUAUUGGAGUAAUCGAAGCAGGAGGCGUCGUCCAAAACGAUCCUGAUGUCGACAUCCCUGGUCACUAUGGCCGUUCCUUAGGGGGAUCCUACGAUUGGAAGCUUGAAACAACCCCCCAGAAGGGUCUCGGCGGUCGGGUUCUGCCGUGGCCCAGAGGAAAGGUUCUUGGGGGGACCAGCGCGCUGAACUACAUGGCCUGGAAUCGCGCUAGCAGGGAUGAUUACGAUGCCUGGGAGGCUUUGGGUAAUGAAGGUUGGGGUUGGGAUGGUCUCUUGCCCUUCUUCAAACGUUCCGAGACAUUCCAUCCGCCGAGUCAGAAGACUCAGAAUGAGCAUGAGAUAUCACACGAUGCAGACACUUUAGGCGACUCGGGGCCCAUUUCAAUCUCUUAUCCGACAGACUACUCGUCUUCGCACAGCCUCUGGCAUCGCACCCUCAAUGGUCUAGGCGUCCAGACUAACACUGCCCACCUCGGGGGCUCAAACGUUGGUGUCUGGACAUGCAUCAACGCUGUCGACCCCUCGUCUGCUCGCCGAUCUUAUGCACUGGAUUACUGUGCAUCUCACCCGCAUAACUUGCACAUCCUAACCAACGCAACGGUAAACGAGAUCGUCAUCAGUGAAGACAAGGUAGCUACCGGGGUUCACCUCACCCAUCAUGGCGAAGAGUAUACAGUUUCCGCUUCGCGGGAGAUCAUCCUCUCGGCUGGGAGUGUCAAGUCACCGCAGAUCUUGGAGCUUUCAGGAAUUGGAAACCCAGAGGUCCUUGACAGGGCCGGGGUGCCUGUUAAGGUUGAGAGUUUACAUGUGGGCGAAAACCUACAGGAGCACAUCAUGCUCGCGACGAUCUUUGAAGUUGAUCCCUCUCUCGCUAAUCGUGACGAUUUGCAAAAAGACGAAAAGCUUACUCUAGCUGCGCAAGAGCAAUAUGCUCAAACUGCGGAUGGGCCACUUACUAUUCUGCCCGUGUCUAUUUGUUACGUGCCACUGGCACAUUUCGUUUCGAAAGAUACUCUCUCUUCGCUCCAUGCAGAGGCAGACCAGAUUUCCGAGUUUGACGCCGAUAAACAUGAUAUUCUCACUCACCGAUUGAACGGCAAUUCCAAGUUGGGUCAGAUCGAGUAUAUCUUUGACCUUGGAAACUGGAAUACAUAUUUCCAAGGCGAGGAGGGCAAGAAGUACGGGACUAUGCUGCAGAUCCUUCAAUAUCCUUUCAGUGUUGGGUCCAUCCAUAUCCGCCCAUCUCACUCUGGAUCUUCCCCAGCAGAGCAGUCGCCUGAUAUCGACCCCAAAUACUACGAAGGCACACAUGGAAAGCUCGACAUGGAAGUCAUGAAGCAUUGUCUGCAAUUCGUUCAGAAGAUCGUGAAUGCGGAGCCUCUUUCCAAUAUCAUCCAUGCGCCUGCUUCUCCACCAACUGCGGCAUAUGACGAUGACAAACUCAUGGAGGAAUGGAUCACUCAGAACACAAUCACAGACUGGCAUCCUGUCGGAACUUGCGCCAUGGGGGGACGUGCAGGCAUCGAGGGUGGUGUCGUCGAUGAGAGGCUUCGUGUCUAUGGUGUCAGGGGCCUUCGUGUAGUUGAUGCGAGCAUUAUGCCUCUGCAAGUAAGCGCACAUAUCCAAGCGACGGUGUAUGCGAUCGCAGAAAAGGCAGCACACAUGAUUAUUGAAGAUGCCCGAAGUGCAGACAUGGCUCGAGGGGAUUUCUGGAGACACCAAACCAGACUUUAG